AAUGGCUCACUGCAAGUAUGGAACUUGAAGAGUGGAGAGCAGAUAGGGGACAACUGGUGGGACAUAGAAAGCGAUGUGCACACAAUUGCAUUGUCUCCAGAUGGGGAGAACUUAGCAAGUGGGAGCAAAGAUGGUGCAGUGAGGUUGUGGAACAUUGACACAGGCAAGGUUAUCAAUAAAUGGACUGGUCACAAAGGGCUUGUGACAUCUGUCUGCUGGCAUCAGGAUGGGCUUCAAGUGGUGAGCGGAUCCCUCAAUGGUACUGCAUGGCAAUGGAAUGUGGAAAACAGAGAGACUCUCCUUGCAUUAACUGAGACCAGACACACAAGGGUGGAGGCAGUUGUCUAUUUGCCAGACACAAAUAUGUUUGUGACUGCUGGAUUUGAUGAGUCUUCGACUAUUGGACUCAGGGACUGUUCAGUCAAGGUCUGGGAUGCCAUGACAGGAGAGCUGGUUACCACUCUCAAAGGACACACAGACACAGUGUCCUGCCUGACCUGGGGUGUGGAGCUUAUAUCCAGGUUAGCUGAUCACUGGAUUAGGAUAUGGAACACUUCCACAUGGGAGCAGAUCAUCUGUCUGGAUGAGCACUCUGCUGGUGUCAAUGCCAUUGCAGUGUAUGAUUGCAUCUUAGCAAGCACAUUGCACAACAAGACAGCACAAUUAUGGAACCUUGACAAUGGCCAGCCAAUCAGUUCGCCCAUCAAGCAUGCAGAUGCAGUGUCCUGUGUGUCAUUUUCAGCAGAUGGACAGCUAGUAGCCACUGGCUGUCAUGACCAUAAUGUGUACGCAUGG